CAGCGCCAGGCCACCAGCCACUCGCUCGCGAAUACGCGGGCUUUAAAGGGCGUCUCCGCAAAAACGACACCCCUCACGGAUCGAACAGACUCACGUUCGUCCUGUCUCUCUCGCGGCGGCGGCGCAUCCCCACCCCCUUCUCCAUCUCCGGCGAGGCAUUUGGCAUCUGAACUCAACAGCAAGCAAAUGGCAGGUGGCAGGGUUGCACAUGCCACCCUCAAGGGCCCGAGUGUGGUGAAGGAGAUCUUCAUUGGACUCACCCUUGGGCUGAUUGCCGGUGGCAUGUGGAAGAUGCACCACUGGAACGAGCAGAGGAAGACUAGAUCCUUCUACGACAUGCUGGACAAGGGCCAGAUCAGCGUCGUUGUCGAGGAGUAGCUUCCACGCGCCAAGUCUGAAGUUAUUUUCUCACAGUUGUUUCUGAAACUCUGGAGAGCAUGAAGAAGUGAAUGCUGUGGAGAUUUGUCUUGAAAAAUAAGCAUAACCAUUUGAGAACACCAGAUUUUGUUGAAUUUCCUUCUUUUUCAUGAAUAUUUGAACAGGUCCAGGUCAUACCAAACAACUGAAUUCUGAUCUAGUUUACAUAAGUUCAUGUGAUCUUUGCGAGUAA